AUGCCGGCCGAAAGGCGCUCUCUGCGAUCAAACAACAAAUCCGACUCCUCAUCUACUAACGGUGAAAAGGCAAACUCAACGGCACCCACCACUCGUGCCGCCGCCAACAAGGCCAAGUCAGCUCCGACCAAGAAAGACGCAAAGGGCGCAUCAAACGACAACAUGGGGGAAGAUGACCAGUCGCAUAAGGAUGGAUCGAAGUCCACCAAGAAUGGUGUGAAUGGAUCCGAAGAUGUCGAGAUGGGAGAGGGUACGGCAGGUGCGCCUACAUCCUCAUCCAACGCCAGCAAGGGCCGCAAAAAUGACAAGAUGACUGUUGUAGUGCCCCCAACCAAGGGUUCCAGAUCAUCCGGCAAGGAUAAGGAGGAGGACGUGACCAUGGAUGGUGCGGAGGAUGGUGAUGCUGAGAACACGGAGCCGGAAGUCGACCCGACAACGAAGGCUAUUCAAGGUUUGUCGAAUCUCCUUCCUUGUCCAGAAGAAGCCCAUAUCUCUAACGUGAUUUCCUGUCUGUUCCGCGCGGGUUUAGACAUCAAGACCAAUUUCACCUUGCUCGAGCGUGCCGUCGCCCACUUUGACCCCAGAUUCACCCUCCGUGUCCUGCGAUCCAUAUCGUCGAUGCGGAAACACCUCACCCCGGAGGUCCUCGCCGAAGUCAUUGUGGAAACUUAUCCCGAAUCUAGCUCGACCGCCUCGUUCCUGCUUGAAGCUCUUGGGCAAACCAAGGCCUACGAGAAUGCUCUAGCGAGCUCGGAGAUGGAGGUGGACUCGGAGAAGAAGGCUGCCCCCAAGGAAACACUCGCCGAGGUGGAUGUGUAUCUCUCGAUUCUCGUACAGAUCUACCUGUUCGACCAACGUGAGAUCCAGAAGGGAGUGCAGUUCUCCACAAGCUUGAUUGAGCGCCUGCGAGCACUCAAUCGUCGCACCCUAGAUUCUCUGGCUGCCCGUGUGUACUUCUACUACUCUCUCUUCUUCGAACAAUCCGCCCCGCUUCCUCCUUCCCCCGCAGCGGCAGUGACUACCAUUCGUCAGCCAUUGCUGGUCGCCCUGCGCACAGCCGUGCUCCGAAAAGAUGUUGACACGCAGGCUACUGUGAUGACUCUGUUGCUUCGCAACUACUUGUCUACAUCUCAUAUCUCACAGGCAGAUCUCCUGAUCUCGCACAAUCCGUUCCCUGUCGCUGCGUCUAACAACCAGAUUGCUCGCUACAUGUUCUACCUUGGUCGCAUCCGUGCCAUCCAGUUGCAGUAUACGGAGGCCCACGGCCAUCUGAUUGGGGCUACCCGCAAGUCGCCUGCUAGCCAGGUUGCUCGUGGAUUCUACCAGGCCUCUCACAAGCUGUUGGUCGUUGUCGAGCUGUUGAUGGGUGAUAUCCCAGACCGUGCCAUCUUCCGCCAGCCAGCUUUGGAACGGGCCAUGCACCCCUAUUUGCUGCUCGCUCAGGCAGUCAGUGUCGGUGAUCUGGAUGGAUUCCUCAACACUGUCAACACCCACAGUGAGACUUUCCGCAAGGAUGGCACAUACACCUUGAUCCUGCGCUUGCGACAGAAUGUCAUCAAGACCGGUAUUCGCAUGAUGUCGCUCUCUUACUCCCGAAUCUCCCUGCGGGAUAUCUGCCUUCGUCUCGGACUUGACAGUGAAGAGUCUGCUGAGUACAUUGUGGCCAAGGCUAUCAGGGAUGGCGUCAUUGAGGCCACGCUUGACCACGAGCAUGGAUUCAUGAAGAGCAAAGACGUGGGUGAUAUCUACGCUACCAGAGAACCCGGCGAAGCCUUCCAUGAGCGUAUCCGCGCCUGCCUUGCUCUUCACGACGAGAGUGUCAAGGCCAUGCGCUUCCCUAUGAAUCAGCACCGCCUGGAGCUCAAGAGUGCCCAAGAAGCCCGUGAACGGGAGCGGGAGCUUGCCAAGGAGAUACAGGAGGGAGACAUGGAUGAUGAGGAUGCUGGCGGUGAUUUUGAUGCUAUUUAA